AUGAGCGGUCAGUUUGAGGACGAUAUCCAUGAGCGUGGGGAGAGAAAGAGCAGCAAGUCUCCCACGUUGCUCUCCUCGUACUGCAUAGACAGUAUUCUGGGCCGCCGGAGUCCCUGUAAGGUCCGGCUGAUCGGAGCGCAAACUUUGACGGCGCUGCCGUGCAGAGGGGAGCUCGGGAAGGCGGCUGACGGGCCAACGAAGGAGCCCAUCUCCCUGAGCGCCGACGUACACCUGCCUCCCAAGCUCCGUCGGCUCUACGGACCAGGAGGGAAGUACCUCCACGACCACGCGGAGAAACUGGACAGGGAGAGACUGCUGCUGGAGCAGGCCAGCGAGAGCCUGAAAAUCAGCCACGCGCCGCAGGUGAGCAUCAGCCGCAGCAAGUCCUACCGCGAGAACGCCUCGCUGAGCCGGGGAGAGGGCGACCAGAGCCCCGGGGAGGUCUCGGAGGACGGCAGUCUGGGACUGGUGGAGCUCGGCCCCUUGAAGUUCGAGGACGACGCGGGGAAGGAGGAAGAAAGCUGCGGGGACGCGAGCGCGCUGUCCCCGAAGGACGAGGAGAGGGAGGGCUUGAACGCCGGGGAUGGGGACGUGAGGGACGGGGAGGACAGCGUGUGUCUAUCGGCGGGCAGUGACUCAGAGGAGGGAAUGCUGAAACGGAAACAGAGAAGAUACAGGACUACCUUCACCAGUUACCAGCUGGAGGAACUGGAGAGGGCUUUCCAGAAGACGCACUACCCCGAUGUAUUCACAAGAGAGGAGCUCGCUAUGCGUCUGGAUCUCACAGAGGCCCGCGUCCAGGUGUGGUUCCAGAACCGCAGGGCCAAGUGGAGGAAGCGCGAGAAGGCCGGGGUGCAGGCUCACCCACCAGGCCUGCCUUUCCCAGGCCCCCUGUCAGCGGGCCAUCCCCUCAGUCACUACCUGGAAGGAGGACCUUUCCCUCCUCACCCCCACCCAGCCUUGGAAUCUGCCUGGACAGCUGCUGCAGCUGCAGCGGCAGCUUUCCCCAGCCUUGCACCUCCACCCCACAAUGGCUCUGCCCCACCCUUGGCCACCCCACUAGGCUUGGGUACUUUCCUGGGCACAGCUGCCAUGUUUCGCCACCCCGCCUUUAUCGGACCCACUUUUGGCAGGCUCUUUUCUAGCAUGGGUCCUUUAACCAGUGCUUCCACCGCUGCAGCGCUUCUCCGUCAGCCUGCACCCCCAGUAGAGAACCCCUCCCAUGCCAGCUCGGUCCUCCCUGACCCUUCCUCGUCCUCCUCCUCCACUUCAGCAGCAGCAGACCGCCGGGCCUCCAGUAUCGCCGCGCUGCGCCUAAAGGCCAAGGAACACUCCGCUCAGCUCACCCAGCUUAACAUCCUGCCCGCUGGAGCCGCAGGGAAGGAGGUGUGCUGA